AGCAGAACCUUACAUGAGGUAUACGUGUCACGACCGGCGUGAUGGGAUGGAAGUCUAGGCUUAGAGUACAAGGGAAAAUUCACACGAUGGGCAGGUAUCGCGGCUACAUGGUGGAUCUGCGUGUAGCUGGUCUUGUGACGGAGCUUGGUCGGACUGAUGCGGCUGGGAGGAGCAAGUACGCCGCUGGCACGUGUAAUGGGUUUUGCAAUGAGUGUCGGACAGGAUACGACAAAUCUAGAGGAGAAGCUAGUUUUCCAUGCGUGUCUUGUAAGACUCCAUUGCUCGAUUCGAAUGUUGAGCGAGAGGCGUUUCGUGUCGUGUCAUGUGUUGUUAAUGGCACAAGUCGAUGCGAUCGGUAACUGCUCGGGCAUCAAGGCAUCUUGACAACUCACACGGAGGUCAAGAUUGCUGGCUCCGUAUCGUGUUAAUUAGGGUGACUAGACUGCGGCAUGAGGCAAGUAGUGGU